AUGUCAACUAUGUAUCAAGAAAUCCGCAAAAUAAAACAAACUCCAACCGCUACUGCCAAACGAGAUUCUCGGGCGGUGGAGUCAGGAGAAUCUUUGACUCUGAGCAGCAAGAAAAGGAGGUCGAAUGAUCAAGAAGGGAGUGAUGUUGAUGCCCUGAUCGACGACCAUCCUUCAGAGCAAGAGACCGAAUCAGCUGAAACUAAAGAUGGCGACGAGGAAGAUGCAUUCCUCACAACGUUAGCUAUGGAGUAUUCGGCUGACGAUAAAACAAGUAGUCCGGUCUCGACUCAGCUGGCUGAUAUCGUCAAUAAGAGAUGGUCGUCAAAUUUAUCGGACGACAAAUUCAAAGAGAAAAUAGCGAAAUAUGACCGACCAGAGAACUGCGAACGAUUGUUUGCUCCCAAGGUAAAUCCCGAAAUUUGGUCCCGAAUAUCAAACAUGGGCCAACGACAGGACCUUAAACUUGUCGCUAUCCAAAAAACCUUGGUGACAGUUGGCACAGCUGUCACACAGUCUGCUCAACUGCUUAUGAAUGCCCGCCAAACUGGCGGCAUUCGGCGCCAUGAAGGCGGCGAAAACAACACCAAUUAUGACCUUUCACUCCGUCGUCGCGAAACGAUGAAACCCAGCUUGAAUAAAGAGUAUGCUUCAUUGUGCUCUUCCCAAACAUCGGUAACCUCGAUGUUGUUUGGCGAUGAAUUACAAAGCCAACUAAAUGCAAUUCGAGCGUCGAAUCGAAUUAGCCAAACGGCCACCCAGUCCACGACUGGACAUUUUGGCAGUCACAACAAAUCGACUUUUCAACGGCAUCCAAGAAAUGAUCGUGAAAAGUCUUUUAUCCAAAGGCCCCAACCCGCGUUGGUCGAACAACAGAUUCCCCAGUCAUCAGAAAAAGCGGGAAGGGGGCAACAAGUUCAACAAGAAGUGACUGCCAUCGACAAGGAUAUAAUUUAUACACAUCUAUCUAAAGUUAAGGUAAACGAAUUUUUAACUUUUUUACCGGUGUUGAAGGAGCAGUUUAACAUGCAAAUAAGCCACUUUCGUGGUGGUCGUCUUGCUCAUUUUUAUCAUGAGUGGGAAAAAAUAACUUCCGAUCGAGAGAUUUUAGAUAUA